AUGCGUGUGUGCCACGUCUUCGCCGUUGCUACGGCAGCCUUUCUUGCGAGCGACGCUGUUAUUUCGGCAAACCCUUCCAAAGACAGGGACUCCGAGCUGGUUACAGGCGGCACUACAGGCAAGCGCAACCUGAGAGCCCAACUUGGUUUUCUUGAAUGGCCCGAAGAACUCGAAGAAUUUGUCCAUCUUCACCACCACAUCCGAGAAAUGUUCACGAGAUGGUGCCUCGAAGACAAUGAGCCAAAAGAAGCAAUGGAGAAUACGAGAGAAGGGCGCAAUCCUGCGGCGCACGCAGCAUAUAAGAGGUUCAUGGCGAUGAGAUCGCAAAGUAGAAAACUUGCUGCGGUUGAGUGCAACAUUUAA